AUGAAGGCCUUCAUCUUCCUCACUGUCCUGGGAGCUGCUGUUGCUUUCACCAUUGAUGAUGUUGACAGGAUUGUUGGGGGCUACACGUGUCAGGAGAAGUUCGUCCCCUACCAGGCAUCCCUGUACUGGGGCUAUCACUUUUGUGGCGGCACCCUCAUCAGAGACCGGUGGGUGGUGUCUGCGGGUCACUGCUACAACAGAAAAAUCCAGGUAUUUCUGGGAAAACACAACCUCAACGCCUAUGAAGACCAUGAGCAGUCCAUUAGGUCGGCCAAGGUCAUCCGCCACCCUAAGUACAAAGCAGCCACCUUAGAUAAUGACAUCAUGCUGAUUAAACUGAAGCACGCUGCUACCAUCAACUCUUGGGUGUCCACUGUCUCUCUACCAACAUCCGCCCCCCUUGCCGGCACCGAAUGCCUCAUAUCCGGCUGGGGCAACACUGAAAGCAAUGGCACCAACUACCCAGACCUCUUGCAGUGUCUGAAUGCCACCAUCCUCUCUGACAGUGACUGCCACAAUGCCUAUCCAGGCGAGAUCACCAGCAACAUGAUAUGUGUGGGCUUCCUGGAAGGUGGCAAGGACUCUUGCCAGGGUGACUCUGGUGGCCCCGUGGUCUGCAAUGGAGAGCUUCAGGGCAUUGUCUCUUGGGGCGACGGCUGUGCUCUGGAAGGCAAACCUGGAGUCUACACCAAGGUCUGGAACUACGUGAGGUGGAUUAAUCAGAAAAUCAAUGCCAACUAG